CAUUUUCACACUGUCAUAAAUAAUAUCGCGCUGACAAGCCCAUAGGAUACGUGACAGCCCGACUAUUUGUAUGUGGGAGGCAUUGUGACUAGAAUGCCUUUUGAGAUGGCUUUGCCAUACACUUCGCUCUAGGCUGACACUGAGUCAAUCACUAAAACAACACUGGGUUCAGCUGAAAACUGGGAAACUGAAGCAGAAUUAAUAGACAAACGCGAUGUAUGACUUUUGCCCCGUUUGCCUUGGCAGAUUUCGUCGGCAGGUGAACACUCCGUGCAAGCACACAUUCUGCAAGACUUGUCUUUGCAAGGUCUACAGACAGAGCCCCACCAAGUCGUGUCCCCUCUGCAGGGCGCCCUUAGAGUACUACAUCAGCAAGAGGAACAGCACUGUAAAACUCGUUUUCUUUUCCUAAAAUCUAGAAUCUACAAAAAUGUUUAAAUGUUUCUGUUCUGUUAGCUGUUUAAAAAUUCGUAUUACGUUGCUUUCAUUAAACUAUUUAUAAGUUUGUGUUAUUUGUUCUGUUAAAUGAAAAUUCAUAGUCACUCUAUAAAUACCAGUCAUCAUCAACUUAGCAAUAAGCCUGAAGGAAUUUCUCGAAUGGUAAAAAUAACUUAAUAGACCGUUUAAACUGAAAUUGUCGAAACCCACUUUUAAUAAUAGGAAUUCAAAAAACACUGGAAUUGUGAUAAAAUAGCUUGACUUGGGCCUUCAGGGUCUUAUUCAGCCAAGUACAACAAUCGAUUGGGGACUCGUCCUCGUCCUCUUCCCUUU